AAAUCAUCUGAUUUUGUUGGUUUGGUUAUAUUUGUUCCAGAUAUAAAUAAUAUGGCCCCAAUUCUUUGGCAUUCUGCAAUUGACACCACACCCUCGUACAAUCCAUGGUACAUUAAAGUUAAAGCUCUUUGCUAAUUCUUCAACGUUGUCCAGCGUCCUAAAGCUUACACGCUUCACUGCCAGUAGUUUAUAAAAGAGUGCGUCUGUGGGCAAAUCUAAAAGAUUUUUAAAAAAGAUUUUUGUUAAAUCGCAUCGUUAAAUCGAUCAAUUGCUAGCCGCCGCUGUAGCCCAGCUCUCAAUAAACAACAUAGGAAGCAUGUCGGUGUCUGUAAUGUAUUCUCUGGCGGUUUUACUGGCGGUCUCCCUGACGGCAACGUUGGCAUUCCCUGACGGAGCUCCCUCAGAUACGUGUGUAAAAAAACGACCCAACCAACCGAAUCAUGGACAGGCUCGAUCGCAACCACUCGACAGUAACCCCUACAAUGUGGUAGCCGACUCGGAGCAUUACCACCCCGGCCAGGAAGUUUCAGUGGUCAUAUAUUCCCACACAAAGCAAGAGUUGUUCCGGGGCUUCUUCAUACAAGCGAGAGACGCCGAUUCAAAUGAAUGGAUUGGAGAAUGGCUGCACAGCGAAAAUACCAAUACAAUACCGGAAUGCUCUGCCAUUACGCACGGAGACAAUCGUGACAAACUCGCCGCCAAGCUCAUUUGGAAAGCCCCCCAAAACAAACGAGGUCGUGUCUACUUCACUGGAACAGUCCUACAAAGCUACGGAACUUUCUGGAGUGACAUUAUCGGAAAGGUCCAACGACAUCAGUGAAUUGGACAUUAUUUAUAAAUGAAUGCUUAAAUGUGUAUUGUAAAACGAAGUGGUGAAAUAUUCAAAUGCAACAUACUGUGUCUGUUCGUAAAAUGUCGGUCAUAUUAUUGUAAUA